UGUUGUAAAACUGUGGUGUGCGAUGCGAUCGCCUCACUAUAAACUAUCAAAAUCAUCUCCAAACCCUUCAAAACCAUGCAAAAAAACCUCGCAAUGUUCGUGCGAAGACUCACCCACGUCUGCAGCUUGAAGCCUUACAAGGAGACGAAGUGGUUGAUGCCUAAUGGGAACCCUAUAGGCGUCUAUGUUUACAACUGUGUGGCGGGACAGAGGGUGCCCGUGAUCCUGAACGACCCUCACAUCGCGACGUGGUACUCUUGCGGUCCCACGGUCUACGACUCCGCGCACAUCGGCCACGCCAGCUGCUACGUUAAACUAGACAUCGUACAGAGGAUACUUACCUCUUUCUUCAAUAUAAAGCUAGUUACCGCCAUGGGGAUUACCGAUAUCGACGACAAAAUUAUUAAAAAAGCAAAAGAAACUAACAGCGAUUUCCGAACGGUCGCCAAGCAGUAUGAACACGAGUUCUGGCUCGACUUGUCCAGCUUGAAUAUUGAGAAGCCACUGAUUAUCACUAGAGUGUCUGACCACAUGAACACUAUUGAAAGUUUCGUUCAGAAACUAGUAGACUCGGAAAUGGCAUACAUUGCUAGUGAUGGCUCAGUCUACUUUGAUACAGAGAAAUUCCCUGCUUAUGGUAAGUUGGAGAAACAGCAAGAGACAGUAGAAAGCAGUAGUACUAACAAGCGUAAUGCCAUGGACUUUGCAGUGUGGAAAGGGGAGAAGCCCGGUGAGCCUUCCUGGCAGGCUUCAUGGGGCAAGGGCAGGCCGGGGUGGCACAUUGAGUGCUCGGCCAUGGUCAGCAAGGUGUUUGGCUCUCAGAUAGACUUCCAUGCGGGGGGCAUUGACCUCAGGUUCCCUCAUCAUGAGAAUGAAGAGGCCCAGUCAUGCGCGUUCCACGGCACCAGGCAGUGGGCCAACUAUUGGAUCCAUGUUGGCCAUUUGCAAAUAAAAGGAGACACCAAAAUGUCUAAAUCUCUGAAGAACACAAUAUCAAUACCAAAGCUAUUAGAAUCUUUCAGUGCAGACACCUUCAGAAUGGCUUGCCUCACUUCACACUACAGAUAUUCUAUAGAGUACAGUGAUAAGGUCAUGAAGACUGCUGAAGAUAACUUGAAAAAGUUUAAAUUCUUCCUCAAAGAUGCCUUCAACUAUGUCAACGACAACACCAAAACUAUUGGCUACUACAAUGACAAGUUGCUACAUGAACUGCAAACAGCUGAAGAGAGUAUCCUUGAGGCUUUAAAACAUGACUUUGACACAGCUAAAUGUGUGACCACCUUGCUUAGUUUGGUGAGUUCUGCCAACAAGCUGAUGAAGAUAGAUAGUUCAGAAUACUACCCGGUUCCUAUAACAUUGAUUGCAGAGUUUGUGACAAGUACUCUUCAGAAGUUUGGCCUGAAGCUUCAUGAGAGCUCAGAAGAAGCAGUUUCUGAUUCUUUGAUAGACACUUUAGUAGAAUUCAGACACACAGUGAGAUUGAAUGCUUUAUCAAGAAAAGACAAGGACUUAUUGAAUGCAUGUGACAUUGUUAGAGAUAAAAUGAAGUCAAUUAAAGUUCAAAUCAAUGAUAGUAAUAAAACCCCAUCCUGGGUGUUCACUAAGUGAGUCUGGCAACAUUAUAAUGUUCUUUGUGCUGUGUUAGUGUGAGAUUAAGACAAUAUUUCAUUAUUGACAAGUUCAGUAAUAAAUUACAAGCCAUGUAGUGAUAAGGAAUUGAUUAAGUUUUAUAAAGAGAGUAUUCCAUGUUAUUGUAAGUAUAGUAGAUAAUA